AUGUCGCGUAAAACAGCCUUCAUCACCGGCGCCAACGGCUUCAUCGGCAGCACUGUCGCCAAAGCCUUCUCCCAGCGAGGAUGGCUGACAUACGGACUGAUGCGCAGCGACCGCAGCGCCAUGGACCUCAGAAGAGACGAAGUCAUCCCCAUCAUCGGCACCGCAGGCGAUGUUGCCUCCUUCAUGUCAAUUCUCCCUGCGAUCGACGUUAUCAUCACCUGCGACGAAGAUCUCUCCAACUACAUCGCCCACCACCAAGCUCGGCUCUCCAUGACCAAACAGCUUUGCAAGCACUCCAUGGCCCAAAGGGGCGGUGCAAAACCACUCGUCAUAUUUAGCAGUGGGUGCAAAGACUACGGCACCACGCCUUUGCACGGAGAAGCCGAUCUAGAGGCACAUACCGAGACGAGCCCGCUCAAUCCACCCGAUCUCCUGCGUCCACGAACAGAAGCCGCACUGGACAUGCUCAUCAACCACACCGGGGACUUUGACUGUGUGGUGACUCGCCCAACAACCCUCUACGGCCGCUCGGGCAGUCAUUACACGUAUUUUUUCUCGCUGGCCGAGCAGGCCAAGCAGGAAUGGGGCGGCGUCCUGGAUCUCCCCGCGAACCCGAAUUCUAUUCUUCAUGGAACUCACGUCGAUGACGUCGCUGCCGCCUACCUCGCUCUAGCCACGGCACCGCGCCAUCUGGUAGCCGGCCAGACGUUCAACAUCUCCGCCCACCAGUACGAAACACUCGCCCAAAUUGCUCGCGCCAUCGAAAAAUCCCACGGCAUCACCGUUACAUACCGCGCCCGGAGGCCCUCGGAUGACGAAACAUUUGGUCUGUACGUGACGGCGCUGUUCAACUUUUCGCAGUGGGUCGGGUCGCAGAAGAUUAGGGAGGAUUUGGGCUGGAGGGACGAGAAGCCACUGUUUUCCCAGGGGUAUGAGGUGUUUAGGGCAGCUUGGGAUGCUGCGAGGGUGAGGGAUCCGGAACAGGUUGCUCGAGUUAUGGGGAGGAAGGACCCGGGGAGGUUAUAG